AUGUUGGAUGAGGGAAAUCAGAGUGCUGGAACCACUUUCAUCCUCUUAGGUUUCUCCAAAUACCCACACCUUCAAGUGCCUCUCUUUUUAGUCUUCUUAUGCAUUUAUACUGUUACUAUGGUGGGGAACCUGGGUAUUAUUGUAGUCAUCAGACUCAACCUAAAACUCCACACACCCAUGUACUUCUUUCUCAGCCACCUCUCCUUCCUUGACUUUUGCUACUCCUCCGUUCCAACGCUAAAACUCUUAGAAAUCUUGCUUGUGGAAAUCAGGACGAUCUCCUUCACGGGUUGCAUCAUGCAAUUUUUCUUUGGCUGUGCCUUUGUGAUCACAGAAAUGUUCAUGUUGGCAGUGACGGCCUAUGACCGGUUUGUGGCUGUCUGUAAACCCCUGUUCUACAUAGUUGUCAUGCCUCAGAAGCUCUGUGCCCUCUUGGUGGCUGGGUGCUAUGCUUGGGGUUUUGUCUGCUCCCUGGUACUAACCUACUUUCUGAUGUCAUUGUCCUUCUGUGGAUCUCACGUCAUAGAUCACUUUGGGUGUGAGUAUUCUGCCAUCAUCUCAGCCUCUUGCUCUGACACUCAUUUCCACCUGAUGCUGAUGUUCACCAUUUCUACCUUCAAUGAAGUCUGUAGCCUCCUGAUUAUCCUUGCCUCCUAUGUCUUCAUCGUGGUCACAAUCAUCAAGAUGCCCUCUACCGGUGGACUCCGGAAGGCCUUCUCCACCUGUGCCUCCCACCUCACUGCCAUCACCAUCUCCCAUGGGAUCAUCCUACUUCUCUACUGUGUGCCCAACUCCAAGAACUCCUGGCUUUUCAUCAAAGUGACCACUGUGUUCUAUAGUGUCGUGACCCCAAUGUUGAACCCCCUUAUUUAUAGUCUUAGGAACAAAGAUGUGAAAGAGGCAGUCAAGAAGUUAAUCAAGACCAACUUGCUUUGUCAUUCAAAAUAA